GCGUUCUUUACGUUCUGCGCAUGCUUUAUUGCAAUUGCGCUGCAACCAUCAUACUGAAAAUGUUCAUUUAUUUCUAUAUUUAAGAACAGAUAUAUUUAGAAAAAUAGUUAAUAGUAUUUGGUAUAUUAUCCAUUAGUUAAAAAUGGUUGCCAAGAAAAAGAAGAAGUAUUCUUCGGGAGAAGGAGCUCAGUUUAUGACAAGAAAAGCUGCCUUAAAAAAACUCCAGCUUACCCUUAAAGAUUUUCGUCGCAUUUGCAUUCUAAAAGGCAUUUAUCCUCGUGAACCUCGUAAUCGCAAAAGAGCCCAAAAAGGUGCUGGCGGAAUCAAAACCUUAUACCACACUAAAGAUAUUAAGUUCUUGUUACACGAACCAAUAAUAUGGAAGUUGCGAGAAUUAAAAGUUUUCCAACAAAAAAUUCGCAAAGCUCGUGCUAUGCGGGAAUAUCAAAAGAUGAAAAAGUAUUUCAGAGACUACCCAGAAAUAAACAUAGAUCACAUAGUUAAAGAAAGAUACCCAACAUUUGUAGAUGCUCUGAGAGAUCUUGAUGACUGUUUGACACUAUGCUUCUUGUUUAGUACAUUUCCAUCACUCAAAAGAGUCCCUCCAGACCAGUCACUUCUCUGUCGAAGAUUAACAGUAGAGUUUAUGCAUGCAGUAAUAGCUGCGAAAGCCCUUCGUAAAGUAUUUGUUUCAGUUAAAGGAUAUUAUUAUCAAGCAGAGCUCGAAGGACAGACAAUUACAUGGAUUGUACCACAUCACUUUUCAUUCCAACCACAAAGUAAAGAUGAAGUUGAUUUCAAAAUAAUGUCAACAUUUGUAGAGUUCUACAUAAUGAUGCUGGGUUUUGUUAAUUUUAAAUUAUAUCAUUCUCUAAACCUCGUGUAUCCACCAAAACUAACUGCAGCAUUUAAUGCAGAUACAGAAAAAGAUCUGGUUGAUGAAAGAGUUUAUGUAUCUGAAAGAAUAGCUGCUAUGAACAUAUCUGUUGCUAGAAUAGCAGGUGCAAAUGAAGUAGAGGAAUUGCCAGAGAUUGAUAUUUUCAAUACAGAAGAUACAGAUCCACAGAAACUAGAGGAAGCAAAACUGGAAGCCGAAAAAGUUAAAAAAUUGAAGACAAUGUUUAAAGGCCUUAAAUUCUUCAUUAACAGAGAAGUUCCAAGGGAACCUCUGGUAUUUAUAAUUCGUUGUUUUGGUGGUGAAGUGUCUUGGGACAGAAAUCAUUUUGUCGGAGCCACUUUUGACGAAACAGAUGAAUCUAUUGCUUAUCAAAUUGUUGAUAGACCUACUAUGGAUAAGCAAUAUCUCUCCCGGUAUUAUAUUCAACCACAAUGGGUCUUUGACAGUGUCAAUACAAGAUCUUUGCUGCCUAUAAAUAAAUACUUAAUGGGCGCUGUCUUGCCACCACAUCUGUCACCAUUUGUUGAUAAGACGAAAGAUCAAGUUUACAUACCUCCUGAGGCGAGAGCACUUAAUGAUCCUAAUUUCAAACCCUUAAGUGAAGAUGGUCCUUCAGAAGAAGAAAUAGAGGAAGACAGUGAAGAAGAAAAAGAAGAGAAGGAGGAAAGUGAAGACGAAGAUGCUGAAAAAGCACUCACAAAACAAUAUCAACAAGAAGUUGAACAGGAUUCACAGUCUGAAGACGAAAGUGAUGAUGAUAUUGAUCCAGAGAAAAAGAAACUAGCCAAGGAAAAGAAAAAAGCCAUGGCUGUUACUACUGGUGUCACAUUCAAAGAAAAUCCUUAUCAAAAAGAAAUAGAAGAUAAGCAAGCAUUCCGAUUAAGAGAAAAACUUGUAAGGAAGAAACACAGGAACCUGUAUAAGAGCAUGAAGGCAGGACAAGAGAAAAGGAAGAAGGACAUCUGGCUUCUGAGGAAAAAGAGGCGUCUGCAUGACGAAAAAGUUAAAGAAGAAAAGAAAGUAGAAAAACGUAAGCAAAAAAUGCAGAUGUUAGAAGCUGCUUCAACAUAAUUUAAAAAUAAAUAAACUUCACUGUAAA